AUGGAAAGCAGAAACAAGGCAAUGGGUGAGGAUCGGGGUACGGGUGUGUCAAAUUCCGAAUCAAUUUCUGCUAAUAGCAAUUCCCAUAUGAGUCUCUCGAAUGCAAUAGAAAGAGAGAUAAAAUAUGAACAAGCAGAUGCUGACAUUCGCGUAGAACGAGACUCUCAGAUUAUCACGGGGGCUGCUAGUGUCGGGGCACCGGUAGCAGGUUCAAACGAUCCAGAGCCUCCCGAACUUCCCAACAGGAAAGAUAUUCUAAAGCCGCUUACAGUGAAUGCCUUAAGAUACAUUGAGCUUAGCCGAGAACACGUAGACCUUCCUACUAUCAAACUCUGUUUUUUUAUUUUCGAACCUGUCAAUGCUACCGGUCCAGCCGUUCCAUAUCUUUGUAUCAGGUCAUUCGAUAUCAACCCUCGAGCCCCGACGAUGCGCAUCGAUAUAUUCCCACCAUCAAUCAGGUCCGUCUUUCUACAUGAAAAGAGAUGCAGCAUUACACUUGAACUCAACCGAAAAACCUGCAAAUCACAUCUCCCGAAGGAACUCGCUUCAAAUAGGGAUUUAUCUCAGGUUUAUAAAGAUGUUACGACACUCUGCUCUGUAGAGGUCUUCUUUGAACCACAAAAUGUGAGCGUCCUAGGAAAAAUAAGGGAUUUUUUGCUUGCGCUCGAAGGAAAACGUACAAUCAUCUGUACCGACAGGAACCGUUCACCCAGUGAAUCCAUGCCAUCGAUUACAACGUCCGAGUUCUUGUAUCGACGUACAUGGGAGACGGCAAUCCAGAAAGAAUUCGAGGCAGAGGACGAGAUUCUUAAGGAUCGUUUGGGUGGGCAAGUUGAAUUGGCGCUUGGCAAAGAGGGCAAUGUGCGAGUCUUUUACCCUCGCAAGAAAGAAUAUAUCCAGGAAUUACACCAGCUAGGGGGUAAACCACAGUUCAUACUCAAAUUCCAAAAUGGUGAAUCCAUUUCCGCAUUUUGUACCGCGGAUCAAGUCAAAGAAUACAACAACAGCGGUCUACUUGAACUCACAUUGUCAAAGAAUUCCGACAAAAGCCUGGUGAUAGCGGAAGCUUCAUCUGCAGGGCAGUUACAGCUCUUACCUUGCACUCCCGUAAUCAGAAAACAGCAACAAGAGUUUACCCUCGCAGAAGUAGUGAAAUCCUUUGAUGAAGAUACGCCCAUUACAGGCCAUGAUAUUUUAUGGGCAAAUUACGAUAGAAUGCUCGGAGAUGAAACCGACCCCCUCCUAGAAAACUGCCCCCAACUGAGAGACCUUGACCGCUCCCAGGAGGUAGCUUUCAAACAUAUGCUUAAUAAAGAAGAAGAUUUCUCCGGCAUCGUUCUUAUCUCGGGGCCCGCUGGUACAGGGAAAACUACCGCGUGUGCUUCGGCAAUCGCGGCGACAAUCGAGUUUCAACAUCAGUGGCUACCCAUUCUUGUCGUUGCCGAUAAUUUUAAGACUAUCCAGGCACUCUUUUCAGGGACUCUGAAAGCUCUCGGACCAGACCCAAAAUACAAAAUGCUGUUCCUACUAAGCAAAGAUGCUCGAAGUACCCUAAAGGAAGAGAACGAUCCCUUCAGAUCUGUAAUCGAAGCACACUCCAUGGCAUCCAAGGUUAAACAGAGAGGCGGAAAACCGGAAGGAACAACUUGGCUUGAUUUCAAGUCAGAAAUAAUUGGGCAACAGACAAUCGUUUUCGUAACGAUUGAAAUGUUAUUUUCGACUCGAGAUUACUGGAAAAGCUUCAAACCACAAAUGCUCAUUUUGGAUGACGCAACAGCAACAAAUGAGAUGAAUAGUCUCCUACCAUGGGUUCUAUUUCGUCAAACCAUCCAAAGAUUUAUUCUGAUGGGAGAUGAGGCGCAGUUGAAACCAUACUCUGCGCAUGAGGGGAGUACCAUGACCGCAAGUCUUUUCCAGAGGUUUAGGACUUCUAAUUGGCCAACUGCACAGCUGAAAAUAAACUACCGUAUGAGCCCAGAGGUUUCACGGGUAGUAAAGAAAUCCUUUUAUUCCCAUAUGAAUUUUGUUAAUCAUCCUUCCAUACUCUCCUCUCCAGCAACUAGGAAGGUAAGAGAGGUACUGACCAAAAUUUUCCCCAAUUCGGAAACCAACGCCAUAUGGGUCAAUAUUCCAAGCCCAGAAAAGACAACAGCUCCUAAUACAUACGAAAACCCAAACGAAAGAAAAGCGAUUGUUAGAAUCGUGUAUGAAAUGGUGGCUUAUGGUAUCACCGCAUGCAACAUAGUCGUGCUCGCAUGUUACCGCAGACAGAUUUUCGGGCUGAAAAAGGACCUUGAAUAUAUGGUUUCACAGGGGCUUCAAAUAAAGACCGUGGACUCUUACCAAGGUCAUGAAAAAGAAGUUGUCAUUUUAUCAUUGACUUGUUCCCACAACUUCCCACAUGUUGGACUUCUAGGUAGAACUAACACACUUUGUUUCGCAAUGUCACGAGCAAAAGCUGCGGAAAUCAUUGUGGGGGACUAUACGAUGAUGUCUAAUGUGAAUAAGAAUGUGGAGAAUGUCGUCCCGAGCUCUAUAAAGGGUAUGAUCGUCCUCAUUCGAACCCAUGGUUUAGAGAUUCAAAAGCUUCCAGAAGAAGCUAUAAUCGAUGUCUCAAAUAUUCCGACUGUUCUAAAUGCAAAAGAAAGUGAGGGUGGGAAUAAUAGGAGUAAAAUGGAGAGGGUACUCGAGAAAGAAGCGAGAGGCCUCUUUGAAGAGAAAACUUUUCGAAAAGGUUUUUACGGCAAAGGGCCCUACCAACUCUUUCCAGGCCACGUCGUCACAGCACUAUACAAAUGCCACGAACAAGCCGUCAAAGAUUCACAAUCGGAAAAUCGAGAGGCUCUAAGUCCCGAAAGCCUCGUCAACUUCCUUGCAAAGUCAACCCCCAAGGAAGUUGAAAGGGUUUCUAGGAACGAGCUGAAGCCUGGAGACUAUGCUCGCCUCAAUGACUUGAAGCUCAUCCGAGAACGCAAUGCCCUAGCACACGAAAAUGGGGCAAAUUAG